AUGGAGAAAAAUCAGGCUGCAGCUAUCCACACUCAACCAUCCCCUCAAUUAGAGUCAAAUACAGAGGAAGGAGUUAACUGGGAGGAAGCCAAUUACCUUGGGAAUUCAUCUAGGCAAGCUUAUAACCCAUAUUCAAAGACCUAUAACCCUGGUUGGAAGAACCACCCAAACUUUGGGUGGGGAAACCAACAAAACCAAGGCCGAGACCACAAAUCUCAUAAUCCCAACCAAGGGAAAAUAAAGAAGGUGAGCUGGGAAGAAUGUAAGGCAGUUACUCUUACGAAUGAAGAAAUCCUGGAAGAAAAUACCAGCAAGCCAACAGAGCACAUCCAAGGAAGUUUCCAUGGAAAUUUGGAGGAAAAGGAACAAGGAAAUGGACCUGUACAAGGGAAAGAACCAAAAAGGAAGGAAAUUCUAAAACCGUACGUUCCAAAGGCACCAUUUUCCCAGAGACUCAGGGGAGGUAAGAAAGAGAAGUCAUACUCAAGAUUCUUAGACAUGUUUGCAUCCCUCAAUGUCAACAUACCCUUCAUCAAAACUCUCCAACAGAUGCCUACCUACAUCAAGUUCAUGAAAGAGUUGCUAACCAAGAAUAGAACCUUGAAAGCGAGACAAACAGUGAUAAUGAACAAGGAAUGUAGUGCCCUCAUCAAGAAGGAUUUACCUCUGAAGAAAAAAGAUCCGCAGAGCUUUCAUAUCCCCUGUGCCAUAGGAGAUACAAGGAUUGAUAGAGGAUUCUGUGAUCUAGGAGCCAGCAUAAAUGUGAUGCCUCUGUCUCUCAUGAAGAGGUUUCAAAUCAAUGAACUGAAAUCCAUAGAUGUAGUCAUCCAAUUGGUCGAUAAGACUCAGAAGCAAGCUGAAGGAGUAGUCGAGAAUGUAUUGGUCAAAGUGGAAAAUUACUUCCUCCCCACUGACUUUGUUGUUCUGGACAUGGAGGAAAGUUACCUCCAUCCAAUCAUUCUGGAAAGACCGUUUCUAGCCAAUGCUAGAGCACUCAUAGAUGUGGAACAAGAAAAGUUAAUACUGAAAAUACAUUAUGAACAUCUCACUUUCCAUGUUUUCAAACCUACACCUGAAUCUGAGCCAAAACCUAAGGAACCGAAGGAUGAUCACAGCAAAAUGUCCCUUAAAGAAAGCAACAGUGAACCGGAAGCAGAGCCCCUGAAACAAUCCUUGGUGAACAAGCAAGAAUUUCAAGAGAUACAAUAA